AUGAGGGCAUUGUUUUUCUUCUUUCUUGCGACGAUAUCGGCAAUCGCUGCCCAGAAACAUUACGAUGGAUAUCAGGUGUUUGAGGUAAAUGCCAAAGACAAGGUAUCGUUAGAAGUCUUGACUAAACUGCAAAAUGAAAGGAGUGACGUCUACGAUUUUUGGACUGAGCCCCGCAACGCUAACCGCCCUAUCGACAUUAUGGUCCCUCCAGCAUUUAUAAAAAAUUUUGUCGACUUGAUGCAAGCCUUCGAUAUUGAUUAUAAAGUCAAAAUUGCUGAUGUUGAAAGAAUUAUUGAAGCAAACCGGAAGGAAAGAGACUCCGUUGUUCGUAAAAAACUCCGUUCUCGCUCUGGUGCUCCUCGCUAUUCACUCAACUGGGAAUCGUAUUCUGACCUUCCUGUUCUGCUUUAUAUCCCCAACUUGAUGACUACAUCGGUGGUUGGACAAAGCUACGAAGGCAACAACAUGAACUUGGUUAAAAUUUCAACAGGUGGAUCCGGCAAAAAGGCAAUCUUCAUAGAUGGAGGUUUCCAUGCUAGAGAAUGGAUUUCUCCGUCUUUCGUCACUUGGGUCAUCCGCGAACUGGUCGAAAACUACGCCGCCCACCCUCAAUACGUUGACAAUAUUGACUGGUAUAUUAUGCCUGUUGUUAACCCCGAUGGCUAUCGUUACACCUUCGCUGCAAAUGGGGACCGUUUGUGGCGUAAAAAUCGAAGGCCAAAUGAUGGCAGCGCCUGCAUUGGCACGGGUAAAUACAUAUCAAUAUCGAAAGGUUUUGCAAAACGUGUACGCUAA